AUCAAGGGCUAGUGGGGGAACAAGAGUGGAUGUUACAGGACAUCCUAGCAGAGGGUGGCGUAAUUUCUCAUACAGCGGCGGGUUCAGGUUCCGCACACGGAUGCACAGUGGGUAGCGACUGUUGCUGAAUGCGAACGGCUGCCAUUUUGAUCUGAAAUAACUAGGAUCUGUGUUUCUUUGGCGCAAUAAUAAAUGGUUUAACUUAGUAGAUACAAUAGCUUUUUGCUUUCAGUUUUGACGCAAAAUGCUUUCCGCAGCCCAGUUACUCGAUGAGUUGAUGGGUCGAGACAGAAACUUGGCCCCCGACGAGAAACGAUGCAACGUACGCUGGGACCACGAGACCACCUGUAAGUACUAUCUCUGUGGAUUCUGCCCUGCAGAAUUAUUCACAAACACCCGGUCUGACUUGGGUCCCUGUGAAAAAAUCCACGAUGAAAACCUUAGGAAAAUGUAUGAGAAGAGCUCCCGGUUCAUGAAGGAGGGCUAUGAGAGGGACUUUCUGCGCUACCUGCAGUCUCUCCUGGCCGAGGUGGAGAGGAGGAUCCGCAGGGGCCACGCCCGUCUAGCCCUGUCGCAGGCCCAGCAGGCCGCAGGACAGGGGCCUGGUGGUCCUGUGGGGAAGAACGAGGAGAAAGCUACAGUCCUGACAGAGAAGAUCGAGGACCUAGUCAUGCAGAUCGAGGAGUUGGGCUCUGAGGGCAGAGUGGAGGAGGCCCAGGGGAUGAUGAAACUGGUGGAACAGCUAAAGGAUGAGCGAGAGCUGCUCAGCUCCACCCCCUCGACGAUUGAGACCUUUGCGGCCCAGGAGAAACAGAUGGAGGUGUGUGAGGUGUGCGGGGCGUUCCUCAUUGUGGGAGACGCCCAGUCCCGGGUGGAUGACCACCUGAUGGGCAAGCAGCACAUGGGCUACGCCAAGAUCAAAUCCACUGUGGAGGAGCUCAAGGAGAAGUUGAAUCGGCGAUCCGAAGACCCCGCCGGAGAAGACAAGGGAGAGCUAGAAAGCAAGGACUGGGAGCGUGAGAGGGAGGAGAGGGAGACUAAGCGCAAGUUGGAAGAGGAGGAGAAAGAGAAGGAGAAGGAGAAAGAGCGCGAGAAGGAGAAGGAGAAAGAGAGGGAGCGAGUGAAGGAGCGGGAGAGAGAGAGGGAGCGAGAGAGGGAGAAGAGAGGAAGGAGGAGCCACUCGAAUAGCCGCCACUCCAGCCGGGCGUCGGACCGUAAGAGGAGUCGUUCCCGGGAACGCCGGCGGUCCAGGAGCAAGGAGAGGGAGCGCAAACGUAGCAGAAGCCGGGACAGGGACCGGGAGAGGCGGCGCAGCCGGGAGCGUUCGGACAGGAAACGGCGCUCCCGCAGCCGGGAGAGGAAGAGGUCCCGCAGCUCGGAGCGCAAGUCUCACCGCCACCGGAGCCGCAGCCGGGACAAGGACAGGACGUCCAGAGACAAAGAGCGUAAGGAGCCGGAGGAGAGGAGAAGCAGCUCCAAGAAGGAUGAGGUGUUAGAGGAUGACAAGCCUUCCUCUGACGUGGCCAAGCCUGGGCCCGUGGAGGCUGAGGCUCCUGCCUCCACUCUGGGCCUGGCCCUUCUGGCCAGGGUCAACGGGGCUGCUCAAGACGAACUCCAUUCUGAAGGUGACACUCAGUCCAAUUAAAACUGAUCUGAUAGGACCUCAGAUCAGGCUCAGGGGACGCUGGGAAAUCUGGAGGAGGAAGAUCUGAAGACCACCUGUCGCUCCACCCUGAACCUGUCUCUGCGCUGCUUAAAACAAGGUGAACCACAGAUGUAGUGGCUUAUUAAAACAACUGUGACAUCUAAAUCACAACAAAAGACACGUGUGUAAAGGUGCCCUCUGUUGUCCUCCUGUUGUUUUUUUUGGAAGAUCACAUUUUUAGCGCAGGACCAGACAUUCUUCAUUCAGUUUUCCGUUGUAUUUCUUUCCUUCAUCGUUUCUGAUAUAAAGGACCUUGUCUAGUAGCUGCUGAAGUAGAAUGGUACAUUAAGGCUUUUAUCUAUGUUCUGUUGCUCAUGCAGUUUUUAGGACAAAUAAAAACCGUGCUUGUUUUGGUUUGUAAUGUCAGGUUUCCACUCUUUCACGGUUUGACUUUUUUGGGGAAAUCAGUUUGGGAAGUGUUUGUACAAUGUUAGUUAGGAGCAUCUCUUUCUCUCCUCUCUCCUUCCCACCCACCAGAUCUCACACCCACUGACUGAUCUCUCUAGCCCCUUACUGUAAAAUAUAGUGAGAUUUGAAUUGAUCUUUUUUUGUUCUGAUUUUUAAACCUGUUCAUCUUGAUCAAUAAAAAGAGAGCUUGAAUGAU